CCUUGGAAGAACCAUUCGUAGAAGAACUCAAUAAUCCAAACAGUGUACAAUACAGAACACUUGCAAUACGAGUUGUAACUGUGUGUGAUAUCAUCUACAGGGCACAAUUUGGUUUUCUUUUCAUCCGAACCUAUAUCAUCCGAUUUAGCCCGGUUGCAACAAGGACACGAAUGGGAAACACUGCAGCAGAGGUGGGAAUUGAGUUCAACAAUACAGCUCCAUCAUACCCAACCCCAAACAAAACAGCUGUUGAAAACACCUUAAUACAAGCUGUAACUAACCCCAACAGCACCUUCAACCUCACUGUUGAUGCAAGCAGCAUUGAAGUAAUACGAACUCCAAAUGUAACAUCAAGUUCAACAACUACAGCCCCAAAUUCAAAUACUGCAACUACUGCGGCAACAACUGCUGAAGCUCCAAAAACAACUCAGGCAACAACUGCAGCUCCAGUUACAACUCCGAUGGCUGCUGCAACGACAGCUACUGUGGCCAUAACUGCUGCAGCUUCCACCACAACUCAGGCAACAACUGCAGCUCCAGUUACAACUCCGAUGGCUGCUGCAACGACAGCUACUGUGGCCAUAACUGCUGCAGCUUCCACCACAACUCAGGCAACAACUGCAGCUCCAGUUACAACUCCGAUGGCUGCUGCAACGACAGCUGUACAACUCAUUAAAAGGAGGCUAACUUUCAGAUCUGCUGGAGAGAAAUUUACAAAUGAUCUGUUGAGUCCAUCAUCUACAGCAUUUAUGAAUCGAGCUAAAAUGAUAAAGUCAACGCUUGAACCAGUCUUCAAAGAGGCAUUCUCCACAUUCAGAUCCUUGACAGUGAUUUCAUUCAGUAAUGGAUCGAUCUACAACAACAUGGACAUUGGCUUUGAAUCCCAACCUGUUCCUAAUGGCACUCAGAUUGCUGAUGUUUUGGUUGGUGCAGCUUCAAAUAUCACAGCCUUCAAUAUUGACACCACCUCCAUUUCUGUGGAUGGCACACAAGUUUCAAGUGGAGUCAGCCACAAGAUCAGUCUCAUCACUGCAUCCUUCCUGAUGCUGCUCUCAUGGCUACUGUCACGCCAGCACUAGUGCAGGGGUUAUGCCCAUGUAAAACAUCAUUAGAAAAAUACUUCUACUACUGAUAUGAUAAAGGACAAUGUUACCAUUAAAAAUUCAACAGGACAAGAAGCUUGGAAAGAACUUCCAGUUAUUGACCUGAUACAUUAAUAACUAAGGUUGUUUGCAAUGGCAUGAAUUUAUCCUGAAAGAUCUUUCCUAGAACUUUUCCUAAUUUCUCUGUUUGAAGGCAAAUUCUGGCCCAUUGUAACACAAUACUUAUCACUGUAAAUAUUGGCUUGAAAAUGAGUGACAAUUUAAACUUUGCUUAUCAGACACACCACUCAUAAAAUUUUCUUUAUGCGCAAACACAAUUAUAACUUAAUGUGCUAUGAUAGGAUAUUUUUGAAGCAAUAACAUUCAAAUGGAACAAAUGCCCUGUAUGAUUAUCCAGUCAUUUUUUUCUUAUUUAUAUAUAUUUAUAUUUACAUAAUUAUGUGUAUUCUGUGACCUUACCUACAUUUUUGUACAAUUUAGGUAAAAAUACUAGGUCUUCCUGAUGAUUAAGACACAAAACACAACAUGUUUAUACUAACUUGUAAUGUUUUCACAAUGUAAAUGGGAUAAAAAGUGAAGAUGCUUUGAUAAAAGGCACUGAUGGUAUGUAUACACAAUUUUAUUUUCUAAAAAUGUUCACAACCAGCUAUUGUGAAUAGCAUUAAUGAAUCAGGUUUUUACCGGAAGAAAGUAGCCACAUAUUGUUUUCCAUUGAUUCUGGGUCUUGAGGAACUCUAUCCAUGUCUUUAAACAAAAUAAAUAGCCACUAAUGUCAACUUGUUCUGUGGAAUAACUAAAGCGCCAAUAAUUCUUGAAAGACAUAUUGAUGUUGAUUUUAGAUGCAAGAUUUGUUUGUUUGUUUUAUUCAUCAAUGUACAAUGUACUCGAAUGGAGGCAGAAAUCUCAAAUAAAUCAAAAACUACUGUUCAGUCAGCCAUCUUACAUGGAAUGUAUUUGCACAGUGCUUAUAUUUGCAUUGAGUGGGUGUGACAAUGACAACUUUCCCCCUAAAGAAGUGCGAGCCAACGUAAUCUUCACUACGAUCGACACAUUUCUUUCAACGUAUUACACGUUUGGGUAAGCGUGGACCCAUCCAGUUUGCCUCUCUGUCUGCUCUGCUAAAUUUAGGGAAAUUAUUAGGAGGAGCUGUUUCACUGAAAAGGAAGAAAAUCAUUUCUCUCAAACUGAAAAUCUACGCUCUUGAAUAAAGAUAGGAUAUUUUAUUAUUCCAGACUAUCACAGGACAGACACAUAGAGACAGACAACCAUUUACAUUCUCAUUCACACCUAUGGGCAAUUAAUAGUCACCAAUUAAACCUAAGUGCAUGUUUUU